AUGAGUAAAUGAGGUUAAUUUGUACUGUGUGUCAUGGUUCCACAUGUAUGUAAAUAGUAUUAAAUUCAACAAAUGUCUAUUUUUUUUUUAAAUAUCAAAACAAAAUAAAUAACGUAUAGAUUUGCUGUAAAAUGACAAAAUCACUUGUCCGCGCGAGUUUGGAAUUAAUAAAUAUAAAUGAUGACAUAAAAAAAGAUAAAAAAAAGAAGAAGAAGUCUGGUGACAUUUCAAAUCUAAUUCCUGCAAAUCAUCGCGUUAGCAAAAAAAAUAAAUCAGGGUCAAUUAUUUUCACGCAUAAUCGCAAACUGACUGUACACGAAGCGCGAAAAAAAUUAGCUGAUAAAAAAGAUCCUACUGAAGAUAACAUUGAAAAAUUAUUGUUACUCAGCAAUUAUUCCGUUGAUUCCGAUACAGCUGCGAAGUUAUUUGAACGCGCAGUGAAGAAACGUCCAGUUUUAGAAGCAGAGAAGCCUAAAGAAGAAGAGCCCACCGCAUUUACUGAAGAAGAUUUCGCUAAAUUUGAAGCUGAGUUCAUGGGAUAAAGCUGCGAUGCUGAACAGUGACCGGGAGAAGGGAAAAUUAAUAUUAAUUAUAACGUCAUUUUUUUUUAUUUACUACACUAUUUGGGUGCUUGGCCUGCCAUUUAUUGAUGACAGUCGUCUGCAAUCGUUAUUCUAUUCUCAUGAUAUUGCCUUGAUGGUACCAGCAGUCAUAGGUCUGGGUUUUAUCGGCGGUCUCAUUGCAUUCACUUGCUAUCAUCUCAGCCCUCAAAUAUUUCCAUCGAAAAAAU